AUGGCUGGCCUUAAGAUUGUUUCCCUGUUCGCUUUCUUGUCUGCGGUAUCUGCUGGUCAUUUGGGCCACUUCCAGCCCUCUUCUGGCUACAAUGCUUUUGGAUCAAACUCUUAUCAUCAUUCAUCGGCUGCGACAGCUGCAUCAGCUUCGGCUUUCACCAGCAGCUACGGAGCACAUAUACCAAUACUGAAAUUCGAAAACGUGAAUAAUGGUGACGGAAAUUAUAGAUACAGCUACGAGACUGGAAAUGGGAUAUCGGCGCAUGAAAGUGGAGCACCACGUGCAGCUGGUCCCGAGGGUCCUGCAGUAACAGCUGAGGGUGGUUUCUCGUACCGCGCUCCUGAUGGCCAGCAGGUGUCCCUCACUUACACCGCGGACGAGAACGGCUUCCACCCCGUCGGCUCCCACAUCCCUACACCACCUCCGAUCCCAGAAGCCAUCCUCCGCUCCAUCCAAUUGAACAGGCAAAACCCUACAUCCAACAGCGGUGCGUACAACGGUCACUUCCACGGAUAUAAAUAUUGAAAAGCAAUGGCAUGAUUACAACAGAAGGACUUAAAAACUGAUACCUACAAUGUUAUACGUCAUUAUCUAGAGCAUC